GAAAGUUUGACAUUGCUCAUUCUCAAAAGGCUGGAGGAACUUAACAUCCCCUUUGAGGACUGCAGAGGACAGUCGUAUGACAACGGUGCCAACAUGAAGGAUGGGACAUCCUGCUGAAACAUGUCAAAACAACCCUGAAAUCGUGGUCAGAGACCAGAUGGGAAAGCAGGAUAAAAAGCGUUGAGGCAGUAAUGUACCAGGCUGGGCAAAUCAGAGAGGCUCUUCUGGAGGUGAGGGAAACAACUGCAGACCCUGUGGUGAGAGUUGAAGCCCAGUCUUUGGCUGAGGAGAUUGGAUCUUACCGUUUUAUCAUUUGCACAACCAUAUGGUAUGACAUCCUCUACAAGAUCCAGCAUGUGAGCAAACUGAUGCAGUCACCCUCCAUGCAGUUAGAUGUGGCUGUCGACCUGCUUAAGAAAACAGGAGAUUCCCUCACCUGCUACAGAAGGACUGGAUUUUCUGAUGCACAGACAACUGCAAAGGAGAUGUGUGAGGAGAUGAACGUGGAGUCUGUUCUCAAGCAAAAGCGGUUGAGAUCCACAAAACGGCAGUUUGGUUAUGAGUCUCCAGAUGAGCCUAUUGAUGAUGCACUUAAAAAAAUGGAAAUCACAUUUUUUAAUGUGGUUGUGGAUACAGCCCUCUCUUCACUUGAUGAGAGAUUUCAGCACCUUGAAGAGGUAAAUGACAAGUUUGGAGUGCUCAUCAACUUUCCCACCACAUCAAACGAAGAACUGCCAAAGCACUGUCAAACCCUGAGCUCUGCUCUGACCCAUGAUGGACAACCAGACAUUGAUGGCAGGGAACUUGCUGCAGAAAUGCAAAAUGUUCCACAUUUGCCAUCAAAGAAGAUGACAAACAUGUAA